GAGUUGUUGACUGGUGGAGAGUGGCUGGUAGAACAGGUUCUCUGCAGGGAGUUGUCUCCGAAACCCUGGGAGACCUGGACGGAUGGAGCCCUGAGCGUGGGUCUCCGCUCGAACCCUGGCACAGGAGUGAUUAGCUUUUGUGUGGCACUCCUGGGCAGGGCGGCUUUUGCGCGGCACCGCUAGUAGACAAAUUACAGCCUUGCCUCUGUCAAGGUAGAUAAGAAACCAUGUGAUGCAGCCUGAUGGUAAACGGGUUGCAGGCAGGGUAAAGGUGCACAGGGAAAUAACCUUGCAGGGAGUUCCUCCCUCCUCGGGGAGCGGAGUCUUUGUGCAGCGCAGAUCUCCGCGGGUCCAACAGCCCCUUGGCCUUGAUGCUCACGCAAGUUUUCGGGGCUCUCUGAAUCUCACACAAAGCAGGAAUGUCUUCUAGCAGAAGGAACUGGUCGGAUCUCUCCAGCCUGGCCAGGCAGAGGACCCUUGAGGAUGAAGAAGAACAGCAAAGGGAGCGCCGGCGAAGGCAUCGGAGCCUGCUGUCCUCCUCAUCGACAGAUGAAGAACCUCCUAGACCUGGGAAAGACACCAGUCCAGCUUCUAGCAGACCUCAGUCCUUGGUGAAGCUGGUGUCUCCAGAGGAUGGAGAGGAGCGUAAGCUCUCGGAGGCACUGAAGACGCAAGAAGGGAGAAGGACAAGGGCCCCGAUGGCUGUCUCUGCAAAGCUGAGGCAGGAGAAGGAGCAGCAGGAGCCAGGGGUGGGAUUGAGCCGUGCGAGGACAGGGACGCAACCGCGUGUGGGGCAGGAGAACAUCCAGGAUGGCGAGCGGGGUCAGGAUGCAGCCAAGGGCAGAGGGAACCCACCAGGACACCAGCACCCGGAGCCAGCCUCGGAGAAGAAGGCAGUGGUGAAGGGACGUCUCUGGGACAAAGAGGGACAAGGUGUGGGGACACCUCGGGAGGAGCCAAGGAAGGAGGUGGGGGAGCCGCCAAAGCGGACAUCGCCGGAGCUGGGGGGCUGCCGGCUGCGUGAAGUGAAGAUCCUGACCAGGCAGGGAAGCCGCAGUGUGGAGGAGAAGACCGCCUUGGUGGUGAACGCAUCACAAGACCAGCAGCAACAACCCAGAAAUCCCUCAAAGGAGGUAAUACAGCUGUCUCUCACCCGAGAAGAACCUGCAGACAAGUCAGAUACUUCUCCAACUCAUGUCACCUACAGCAGCUCCAUCAGACGAACCAGCCCAAGAACUGUCUCCUUUCGGGUGAUCUCAAGAAAACAGAAAGAAGACAGCCAAAGCCCUCUCUCAAGGAGUGCAAGUCUGAGGAUCCCAGGGAGCAGCAGCACCAUCGAGGAGAAGCUGGAAAAGUACAACUCAGCUGUGCAGCGCUCGGAGGUGGUGAAAUCAUCCCUGACCAUUCAGAAGAGCCUCUUGCUGUCCUCAGACGGGGUGGCCAGCAAGCGCAACUUCUUCGAGGGAAGCGCUCCCAGCAAGGCUGAGCCGCUCGCUGUCAGGAAGGACAAUCUGAAAAUCCCGGGAUCAGUGACAUCGCGCAUUAAUCUGUGGAUCAGCCGAGCUCAGGAGCCUGCCAAGGAGGAAAAGAGCAAGGACAUCAGGAAAAUAAACAGCCUGACAAACCGUGAUGUCUGGGUGAAGCAGCCUGGGGACACCCCUGGAGACACCAAGUUGUAAUAACAUCAGUGGUAAUAUCAGACAAUCUGGGAAAAACUGAAGAUCAAAGCCCAGCCCUACCAAACCGUCCAGCAGCCCACUGCCAUGAGAAUGCCCGCACCACCUGUAGGUGCACCCCAGGUCGCCAGGGUCCUCUGCUCAUGGGAUGGGAAGCAAGAAGGCUGGAAGGUUAUUCCUGUGCCCCCAGUCCUGACUCACUGCCUGUGCAGGAGCACCCAGGCCUGGAGGCUUCUUGCAGACGCUGGGUGCAGGCUCUUGCCUCAUUUCCUCACAACAUUUUGGUGUUUUGCUCCUAAUCUCUGCCCGUGCCUCAUAACUGUUCUAGCAAAGGGGAUCAACCUGUUCGUCUCCCUUGCAGCUGGAUGAUGCCAGUGGGGCAAGAAGCUGCCUGGCCAAGGGACAUUCAGCUGCAUGUCCAUGGAUCAUGUAAUAGAAUUACAGAAUCAUAGAAUUGUUUGGGUUGGAAGGGACCUUCAAACUCAUCGAGUCCAACCCACCUGCCAUGAGCAGGGACAUCUUCACCCAGCUCAGGUUGCUCAGAGCAGUCCCUGCUGCCUGUUCAUAUGGGGUGAGGUGGGACAGGCAGAUGUCACUCCCCCCUCCCAAGCUGUCACUGCUGGAGGGACCCAACCAAAGGCAAACGGUGUUUGUCAAGUCACGUGUGCACUGGUGCAGCUUGGAGAUGCCUCAUGGAAGAAAGAUGGACAUGAUGGUCUUGGUGCUUCCCUCCAGCAUGCAGCUGAGCCAGAGCCUUGGCCUUCUCCCCCCUACCCUUGCCAUCCCCUGCCCUCUACAAACAGUGACCCCUUUCUCUCAGUGAUACGGGAGGGGUGGCCUGGCCACAACUCUAUUUUUUAGGUUGCAUGGAGCUGAGUGCCCCAUUUUUGCCCCCUUCCCUAAACCAUUUCCUCCUUGCCCUUUGCCUAUGCAGAGCCUUGAUUCUGCACCCCCCGGCUGCUGAGCCCAUCCAGAUGGGAUGUGGGGUGCUCUCUUAAGUCCAGCUUCAGGGCACUGUGGGCAGCCCAUAAAAUGAUGCUCAGACACUUGUGCUGGGGCCAUUCAAUGGGCUAGAGCUGUGCCUUGAGCAACAAUUGCGGUGUCCGAAUCCGGUGUGGGACUCUACUACUGCUCCUGGAUCUGAUCUUGCUUGUUGGGCUUUGGAAAUGACCUGGUUUUCUCUGUGUCUUUUUAUUUUUCUAAUAAAAGUUGCUCUAUUUAAGACA